UCCUCCUCCUCCCCCUUGCCGCCGCUGCCGCCACCCCACUUGACGACGCCGCCCUCCCCCACGAGUGCCUCCCUCGUGAAGUUCCUCCUCACGGCCCUCGCCUCACUCUUUUCUCUUUCUCUGGCCGUCUCUCGCCGUCGCGGUCUCGCCUUCACUCGCGGCCUCCACCCUUUCGGACACGCGUGUCGAAGCGUGUCCGAGUGUGUGUCAACGUGUCUCGGAAGCUCCGGCAACGUGUCGGUGCUACCUAGGGGUGAAGUACCUGAAAACAGAGUCUCAAAUUUUCAGCAAAUAGUAGUUGCCGAUUGGUAAACUCCAUCAUCCGAUGGCUUCUUCAUUGGAACCCAAAAGGAUUUAUGACGUCUUCUUGAGUUUCAGAGGCGCAGAUUUGCACAACAACUUCAUUGCCCAUCUUUACCAAGCUUUACACCGAGAUGGAGUAUACACUUUCCGGGAUAGUGAGGAAUUGAAAAAGGGAGAUCAAAUAUUGCUGGUACUUAUGAAGGCUAUUGAAGAAUCAUGCAUUGCCAUCAUCGUUUUCUCCGAGGACUAUGCUUCCUCAAGGUGGUGCUUGGAAGAGUUGGCGAAGAUUAUAGAGUGCAAGGAGCAAAAGAACCUCAUUGUUCUACCGGUGUUUUAUAAAGCGGACCCAAGAGAAGUGAGAGAGGGCAGAAAGAGUUAUCAGAGAUCUUUGGGUAAGCACGAGUUUAAGUUCGGGAAGGAUUCUGAGAAAGUGAAGAGAUGGAAGAAAGCUCUUUUCGAUGCUGGGAAUUUGUCCGGGUGGCACUUGAAUGAUGGGGAUGAGUCAGAGCUUAUACAAGAAAUUGUGAACAAGAUCUCCACUUACCUAGACCGUCCUUUACAUGUUGCUAAGCAUCCGAUUGGCAUAUAUUCCCGAGUCACUGAGUUGAAAUCGAUGUUAAAACUUGAGUCUAAUGAUGGCGUUCUUAUGGUGGGAUUAUGGGGACAGGGAGGUAUAGGGAAGACAUGUUUAGCAAAAGCUCUUUACAAUGCUCUGUUCAGAAAAUUUGAGGGUGCAUGUUUUCUAGCAAAUGUUAGAGAAACUUCAAAAGAUAGCAGGGGUUUGGUUACUUUACAAGAAAUGAUAAUAAAUGAUAUAUUAUUACCACAACAAAGAUUAAAAGUGUCCAAUGUGGAUGAAGGUAAUAAUCUAAUACAACGUAGACUUGGUCGCAAAAAAGUUCUCCUCAUCCUUGAUGAUGCGGAUGCCUUGUGCCACUUGGAUGCUUUAGCAGGAAAAGGCGAGUGGUUUGGUAAUGGAAGUAGGAUCAUUGUUACUACAAGAGAUAAACAAUUGCUAACUUGUCACCGGAUAGAUCAAGAUCAUGUAUACAAAGUUGAACCACUAAGUAACAGUCAAGCUCACGAGCUGCUUAGCAAGCAUGCUUUUCAAACACACCAAAUCAAGACAGAUCUAGUGGAUGGUGCUCUGGAAUAUGCUAAAGGCCUCCCUUUAGCACUUGAAGUGCUAGGUUCCUUAUUAUGUGGUACAACAGAAGAUGUAUGGGAAAGUACAAUAAAGAAACUUUCUAGGAAUCCUGACAAAAACAUAAAUAAUGUGCUCAAGGUGAGUUUUGAUGGAUUAGAUGAAAAUGAGAAAGAUAUCUUUCUCCACAUUGCUUGCUUCUUUAAGGGGUGGGCAAGAGAGUGCACAAAGAAAAUUCUCGACAGUUGCGAUCUUGAGACAAUUGUAGGAUUUGAUGUUCUCAUUAAGAGGUCCUUGAUAAGCUUUGAGCAUGGAAUCAUACGAAUGCAUGACUUAAUUCAAGCAAUGGGUAUGGAUAUUGUGAACCAAGGAUGUCGAGAUGAUCCUGCAAGACGCAAUAGACUAUGGUUGUAUGAUGAUGUCAUCGAUGUUCUGUCAUGUGACAUGGUCCUAGAUUUUUUACUCUUUUACCAAACACGCAUAGUCUAA